CACAUUGUCCUCUAAUCUCUACUAUGGUUUAUGGGUUCCCAUUACACAUGCACAGGAACACAUGAAAUGAUAAAUACAGGUGUAAUAUUAAAAAGAAAGCCCAGGCGGUGGUGGCGCACACCUUUAGUCCCCACACUCGGGAGGCAGAGGCAGGCAGAUCUCUAAGUUUGAGGCUGGCCUGAUCCACAGAGUGAGUUCUAGGACAGCCAAGCCUACACAGAGAAACCCUGUCUCGGGAAAACAAAAACAAACAAACCAAAAGAAUGUAGGGAUGAGAAGAUGUGAUCAUGCACCUCUGUGGCCACACAGCUGACGCUGGAGGAUAUGCAAGAAGUUCCUAAUGCAGAAUCCCAGAACUGGAUGUUCCUUCCAGCCGUCUGGGCCAUGUAGUUACACCGAUGCCUCUCCUCCUGGAAGUCUGCAGCUAUACAACACAGCAGAGGAGCAGAACACAGGCAGGAGCAGCCAGAGCCCAGGCAGGGCUUGGGCUCAGUGAGGCCCCUUCUCCAGGGAACAAGCAGCAGAGCUACACAGGAAAUGGCAGGGGGAGGGGUAGUCCAGCCCCAUUCAAAAGAACGGAGAUGGUCCCAACCUGGGCAUCAAACCAGGAGCAUGAAGACUUGGCCUUGGCCUGCUCCUACACCUCUACCGAGCUUGUCAAUUGGAUGGUCUGUGAGAACAAAGCAGUAGGCAGAGUGGCAGCAGGCCUCACAUAGUAGAAGCUUGAGCCAAGUUAGUUUUCUUAUAGAAAUCUAGGUAGGUGGUCUAUCAGUGUGUGUGCUGCUGCCAACAACACACCACAGACUUGGGCAGAUUAUAAUAAAAAACAAUUGUUUUAUCCCAUGGUUCUGGAGGCCCAAGGCCCGACGGCCACUUGGUGGUGGUUGUCAUUCUGGCAGAAUCUCCCAGGUCAUCACAUGGCCAGAAACAGCACACAUGUCGCUUCCUCUUCCUCUAAAGCCGUCAAGGUUUGCCCCUAGUGGCUGUACCCUGGUAACUUAAAUUCUCAUCACCUCUCAAAAGCCCUACCUUGAAGGACACAGUCCUGUCUUCUACCCUCUUAAACCUCACAAUGGGGUGGGGGUUUGGGAGGACAAGCCAUCUUCAAACCCCAGCCAUGUUUUAAGAGCUGUGCUGGGGUCAGGGACCCAGGCUUCCUCCAAUCGCUUCCCUGUUGUCAUGGCGCCCACUUCUCAAUCCAGCUCAUCGUGCUGGCUCCGCCAGCUCCAGCCGCUGCAUCUUCAGCCCAUUUAACCAGAAGGAGAAAGAGGGAGGCGGGCAGUUCUUCCACCAUGUCUGUAUACACACUUCUGGCCAGGACUAAGUCACAUGGUACAUCUACUGGAAGGAAACCGGGGAAGGCAGCCUUGCUCUGGACAGCCAUUUGUCCCACUAAAAUUCAGUUCUGUAUCUGAGGGAAAAGAGCCAAUACUAGGGGAUGUAAGUUGAUUCUGCCUCAGCUGGAUACCAAGCUGGGCCACCAAAAACUAGGGAGGUAAGGUGAGCAGCCAUGGCCAUAGCAGGUCCUUCCAGCCCUCUUGAGGAUGAGGCAUAGACCAGAAGGGAGGCAGGGGGGUGAACACAGAGUUCAGACUGGACAGGAAAGUGGCUAGAAGGUAAAGGAUUCAUGUGAGAGGACAUAGGAAGACAGACACUAAUGUGUCCUGUGUUAUACACAUGUUCUGACAACCUAACCCCCUCCCCCACAAAUUCAUACACUGAAGUCCUAACCCACAGGACCUCAGAAGGCAACUACUGGAGAUGAGCCCUUUAAUGAAGUGAUUAGGGCUAACUCAUGCUAUGGGGACUAAUCCAGUCUUUCUGGCACCUUAUAAGAGGCGAUUAGGACACAGAUGGGCACAGAGGGCCACCCACAUGAGAUCACAGGAGCAGAAAGCAUCUACAGCCAAGGGGAGACACAGCGGAAGAACCAGCCAUGUAACACCCUGACCCAGCCUUCUAGUCCCAGACUGAAGACUAGAUGCCUGAAGAAACAAUGUCGGGCGCUCCAGAUCCAGGGCGUGAAGGAGAAAACAGCACAGAAUAAGGCUACAAUGGGCCUUCUGCGCAGCAACCUCCGUCGAGGGGCCCACGAGUGGGCUUUGGCAAAGAAGUAUGACCAGUGGACCAUCUCCAAGGCCUGCGCGAAGGACGCGUCCAUGAGGCUGGCACACUGCCGCAGUUCUAUGGAGGUGGCUCGAGAGAAGCUGCGCAAGUACGUCUUCGACCGUGUGAAUGCACACAACGUGCUGAUUCAUCUGGCUCGUCGACGGGGACAGAAGCUGGAGAGCUUGCAGGGGGAGCUGGCCAGCCUGCGGAACCAGCCGGAUGCCACCAAAGACGAGCUAAAGCUGCUGCAGAUUAUCCGCCAGCUGGAGAACAACAUUGAAAAGACCACGAUCAAGAUCACCACCAGCCAGAACAUCCACAUGCUGUACACAGACCUGCUGGAUUAUCUGAAGAAGGUGCUGGCAGGCUACCCCACAGAGCUAGACAAACUUCAGAACCUGGUGACCAACUACUGUUCGGAGCUGUCAGAUAUGACAGCCAUGUCCCAAGAUGCCAUGAUGAUUACUGAUGAGGUCAAGAGGAAUAUGAGGCAAGGGGAGGCGACCUUCAUCGAGGAGCGAAGGGCACGAGAGAACCGGCUGAAUCAGCAAAAGAAGCUUAUUGACAAGAUCCACACCAAGGAGACCAGCGAGAAGUACCGCCGUGGCCGGAGGGACUUGGAUUUCCCCUCCAAUCUGAUGAGUAUGGACACCAUGAAGGUGAGGAAAAGAGAAACUUCCAUAGCAGACAUGGAAUACCAGACAGAAGUGACUGCUUUGGUCGAGAGGGUCAAAUCUGCUGUGCAGUGCUCCCACCUCUGGGACAUAGCUGGCCGCUUCCUGGCUCAGAAGAAUACAGAGGAGAACCUGGAGCUACAGAUGGAGGAUUGUGAGGAGCGGCGGACCCAGCUGGAGGCCCUGAUGAAGAAGCUGGAACUGGAAGAGGCACUGCUCAAGUUCCACCAGAUACCCAGCUCUGCUGGCUUUAGUUCUAUUGAAAAGAAGAUGAAGAGCAUGCUAGAAGAGGAGGAAGCAAGGCUCCAGCUGGCCCACAACAACAUGACCAAGAGCCAGCAGCUACUACUGGCCAUUCAGACAGGCAUUGACAACCUCUACAUCCGGCUCAUCGGCAUCACCUUGCCAACUACCCAGAAACAAUUAUCAAUAUCUGACACCCUUGAUGUGUAUGGCAAGCUGGACUAUUGCGAGGGGAAGCUCACAUAUCUGGCUGACCGCAUGCAAACGCAGUCCAGAAAUGAGGAGGUCGACACAAAGGUGAAGGACGCCCUGGAAUCAUCGACUCUAAAGGAGAAACAUAAUACCAGAAUUACCUUUGAGGACCAAGAGGAGGACAUGAUAGAAACCUUCCAGUUUGCGGACGUGGACCAUAGCUACGUCCCUUCCCGGGCCGAGAUAAAAAAACAGGGCCAACGGCUGAUCGAGGGGAAGCUCAAGGUGUCCAAAAAGAAGAAGAAGUAGCCCGGGCCGGGCUUUCGUACACAAAUAAACAUUUUUCCAGAACUA